CUUAUCCACUAUUGCUCCAAUCCAUUUGACGAAAACAAUCUAAAACGCUCUUUGAUCUUUUGAUCCAAUCACAACGCAUAGAUCCAAUGGACAACAACAACAACAACAACAACAACCAACCACCACCACCAACCUCCGUGUAUCCUCCUAAUUCCGCCGUCACCACCGUAAUCCCUCCUCCCCCACCUGGAUCCACAUCAAUCAUCGCCGGCGGAGGAGGAGGAGGAGCGACGUACCACCACCUCCUCCAGCAACAACAACAACAGCUUCAAAUGUUCUGGACAUACCAGAGACAAGAGAUCGAACAGGUAAACGAUUUCAAAAACCAUCAGCUUCCUCUUGCUCGGAUCAAAAAAAUCAUGAAAGCUGAUGAAGAUGUGCGUAUGAUCUCCGCGGAAGCACCGAUUCUAUUCGCUAAAGCCUGUGAGCUUUUCAUCCUUGAGCUUACGAUUAGAUCUUGGCUUCACGCAGAAGAGAAUAAGCGUCGUACGCUUCAGAAAAAUGAUAUCGCUGCUGCGAUUACUAGAACCGAUAUCUUCGAUUUCCUUGUUGAUAUUGUUCCUAGGGAAGAGAUCAAGGAGGAGGAAGAUGCUGCUGCUGCGGCGGCGGCUCUCGGAGGAGGAGGAAUGGUGCCUCAAGCCGCGAGUGGUGUUCCUUAUUAUUAUCCGCCGAUGGGACAACCGGCGGUUCCCGGAGGUAUGAUGAUUGGAAGACCGGCGAUGGAUCCUAGCGGUGUUUAUGCUCAGCCUCCUUCUCAGGCAUGGCAAAGCGUUUGGCAGAACUCAGCUGGUGGUGGUGGUGAUGAUGUGUCUUACGGAAGUGGAGGAAGUAGCGGCCAUGGAAAUCUCGAUAGCCAGGGUUGAGCUAUGGAACCAGAAGCGGAGAUCAUCAUCGACCCUGCGUUGAAUUUUGCAAGUGUCUGUUUGUGAUUUAAUGGCUUACUGGAAAGAGAGAGAGAGAGAGAGUAUAAACAAACAAAAAUUCUCCUUUAAUUCUUCCUGUUAACUUAUAAGUUAUUGCAGCAAAACUGCAGACUUGCUUAACUCCAUAUAUAUAAUCUAAUGUGCAGCAGAUUCUAAUUUAUGUUAUUGUAUUUUCUUAGUCUUGCUCCUAAUCAAA